UUCCCUUAGCUUCCUUCGCUCUCAGGAACUCUCUCUCUCUCUCUCUCUCUCUCUCUCUUGGCCUCACAUAAUCAGAAAAGAAAGAACUGACUCUGCGUUUUCACGUUGAACCCAAACGCCAUCGUUUGCCCACAUUUCCUCGCAUUUCCCCUCUACAGUCUUCUCCGGAAACGCACAGACGGCGCCGACUCUCUUCCUUUUCCAUCGGUAUCGAUCCGCCCGCGUCGAUUCUCAUUCUCGUGGAGUCGAUCAAAUGCAUUCUGUUUCUACCUCAUGAUACUUGCUGCUCUAUUCGCAAUCCGAACCGCAGCUGAUGGAGAACGGGAAGAUAGAGAACGGAGUCUGCUCUGAGGAAUCCAUUGAUGGCAGCCGAGAUGUUUGGAGCUGUAAUUCCGAUGCUUCCUCCGCCGAUCACCUCGUUAUCAUGGUCAAUGGAAUUCUAGGAAGUUCCUCUGAUUGGAAGUUUGCAGCCGAGCAGUUUGUUAAGGAGCUCCCUGAUAAAGUGUUUGUUCACUGUAGCGAGCGGAAUGUGGCAAAGCUUACGCUGGAUGGAGUUGAUGUGAUGGGUGAACGGUUGGCUGAAGAGGUCCUUGAAGUGAUGAAAAGGAAGCCUAAUCUUCAUAAGAUUUCAUUUGUUGCACAUUCUGUUGGAGGUUUAGUAGCAAGAUAUGCGAUUGGGAGAUUGUAUAGGCCGUCUAAGAGUGGAAGUGGAUCUGCUAGUAAAGUGGAAGCUGACUUGAAGGGUACAAUAGGUGGUCUAGAGGCUAUGAACUUCAUAACUGUUGCAUCACCGCAUCUAGGAUCAAGGGGUAAUAAGCAGGUACCAUUUCUUUUUGGUGUGACAGCCUUUGAAAAAGCAGCGAAUUAUGUAAUUCACUGGAUAUUUAGAAGAACGGGUCGUCAUCUUUUUCUCAAUGAUGAUGAUGAAGGAAAGCCCCCGCUACUUAGACGCAUGUUGGAAGAUUAUGAUGAUUGCCAUUUCAUGUCUGCACUGCAAACGUUCAAGCGCCGGGUGGUAUAUUCAAAUGCAUGCUAUGACCAUAUUGUUGGGUGGAGAACAUCAUCAAUAAGGCGUAACACCGAUUUACCUAAGUGGGGGGACUCUCUUGAUGACAAGUAUCCACAUAUUGUUUAUGAAGAACAUUGCAAGGCUGACGAAAAUUGUGAACCUUCAUCAGUUGGAGAAGAUUGCUUUGACAAGUUAGAAGAGGAACUGGUAACGGGUUUGUCUCGUGUAUCAUGGGAGAAAGUGGAUGUUAGCUUUCAUCGCAGUUGGCAGAAAUUUGCUGCUCAUAGCAUUAUUCAGGUCAAAGAUCAUGUUACACACAAAGAAGGUGCGGAUGUCAUUCAACACAUGAUCGAUCACUUUCUCACGUAGAGAGCUGUGGACGUGAACAUCAGUUGGAAGUAUUAUUGCACUUUGAGAACUGCGGAUGCCGUGUCUCAAUUGUGGAUCCAAGAGAAAGAUGAAGGUGGUGGUUCUUCAGCGAGAGAGCUUCUUGAGCAACUGUGGCUAGGCUAAGAAAUUGAUGAGGAGAUAAAAUCAUUUUAUUCAUUGUAUGUAAUUGUACGUGAAAAUUCUUGUCACCAGUGAAACAAUAAUGGAACACUGGUUGCUUUUUAUAUUUGAAGAUUCUGUAUGCACGUGUACACCAGCCAAAGGCAGAUGUGGAUGGAUCAUUGUGGUCCCAUCUUGUACUUAAACGCAAGAUUGCCCUAAAACCCUGCUACUCAAGGAAGAAAUCAUUCCGAGCCAGUAUGUUUUUGUGCUUGGUUGAACGUGAGCGCAUACUCACCGACCUAACGGGGUACUUAAGACGCACUUAUAAGUGAACAAAUUAUAACUAGAGUUCCAAGUUC